AACACUUUGUGUUUAAUGUGAAACUUUUUUUUUUUUUCUCUCCCCCAGAAGUGGUUGACUCUGAAGGCGUCAAACAGAAUGGAAAAAAGGUUACAGUUAAUCAGAACCGGAGCCAUGACAGCACCGAUAAAAGUGCUCCCAGGCAAAACAAAAUCAAACCUGAAGUGACAACUGAAAUGGUACGGUCCUCCAGCGUAAUGGUUUCAAACAAGGCUUCCAUCUUAUCAGAACCAAAGUUUGGACUAAGAGAUACUAUUGUUAAAUCUCAGCUUGCACAAAUGGAGGAUUCCUACACACGCAUAGAGAGCUUCAGGUUUUUUGUUGGGACGUAUAAUGUGAACGGUCAGUCACCCAGGGAAAGCCUCCAGCCGUGGCUGAGGUGUGAUGCUGAGCCUCCCGACGUUUACUGCGUGGGUUUCCAGGAGCUCGAUCUGAGUAAAGAAGCCUUCUUUUUCAAUGACACACCGAAGGAAGAAGAAUGGUUUAAAGCUGUAACUGAUAGUCUGCACCCAGAUGCCAAAUAUGCAAAGGUGAAACUUGUGCGGCUUGUGGGAAUCAUGCUUCUGUUGUACGUGAAAGCAGAUCUUGCUUUGAACAUCUCCGAGGUGGAAAUUGAGACUGUGGGAACUGGAAUCAUGGGCAGGAUGGGUAACAAAGGAGGUGUUGCCAUAAGGUUUAAGUUCCACAACACUAGCGUGUGCGUUGUGAAUUCUCACCUUGCAGCUCACACGGAGGAAUACGAGCGGAGGAACCAGGACUUCAAAGACAUCUGCUCUCGGAUGCAGUUCUGCCAGUCGGAUCCAAAUUUGCCCCCUCUCACUAUUGGCAAACACGAUGUGAUCUUAUGGUUGGGUGACCUCAACUAUCGGCUGGAGGAACUGGAUGUGGCCAAAGUGAAGCAGCUUGUAGACGAGAAAGCAUUUCCAGAGCUUGGCCAGUAUGACCAGCUAAAGAGGCAAAUGAAUGCAAAUGCAGUCUUUGAAGGCUUUACAGAGGGAGAGAUUUCUUUCCAGCCAACAUACAAAUAUGAUGCUGGCUGUGAUGACUGGGACACAAGCGAGAAGUGUCGUGUUCCAGCGUGGUGUGAUCGGAUACUCUGGAAAGGGCAGAACGUUGCUCAGCUGAGCUAUCGCAGCCAUAUGGCUCUGAAGAUCAGUGACCAUAAGCCAGUUAGCUCUGUGUUUGAUGUCGGGGUGAAGGUUGUGAAUGAAGAGCUCUAUCGGAAAGCCUUUGAGGAAAUAGUGCGCUCCCUGGACAAGCUGGAGAAUGCCAACAUUCCCUCUGUGACCCUCUCCCAAAGAGAGUUCCAUUUCGAGGCUGUUAAAUACAUGCAGCUGCAGGUGGAGAAGUUUACGAUCCGCAAUGGACAAGUGCCCUGCCAGUUCGAAUUCAUCAGCAAACCUGAUGAGGAAACCUACUGUAAGAAGUGGUUGAUUGCUAAUCCCAGUAAGGGCUUUCUGCUCUCAGAUGCUGAGAUCACAGUUGAGCUGGAGGUGUUUGUUAAUAAAUCAACAGCUACAUGCUUAAACUCUGGAGAGGAGAAACUAGAAGAUAUCUUGGUCUUGCAUCUUAAGAGGGGGAAGGAUUAUUUUCUAUCUGUAACAGGCAACUACUUGCCAAGUUGCUUUGGGUCUCCCAUUCAUACGCUGUGUUACAUGAGGGAACCGAUCCAGGACAUGUCACCAGAAUCCAUUUGGAAACUUACCCUGAUGCCACUAGAUGUGGAUGAUGAUGCUGUUCAAGCUGAAAAGCCUCUGGACAUUCCAAAAGAGCUGUGGAUGAUGGUGGAUCACUUGUACCGCAAUGCUUCCCAGCAGGAGGACUUGUUUCAGCAGCCAGGCCUCAGAUCAGAAUUUGAGCAAAUCCGAGACUGUUUGGACAAAGGAAUGCAUGAUACCCUCUUUGGCAGCAACCACUCGGUAGCAGAAGCCCUGCUGCUCUUCCUGGAGAGCCUGCCAGAGCCCGUCAUCUGCUACAGGUUCUACAGCAGCUGUUUGGAGUGUGCCAGCAACUACCCGCUGAGCAGCCAGAUUAUCUCUAACCUGCCAAGGUGCCAUAAAAAUGUAUUUGAAUAUCUCAUGGCAUUUCUACGGGAGCUACUGAAAAAUUCAGGGAAAAACCAUUUGGAUGUGAAUAUUCUUGCUAGUAUAUUUGGUGGCUUGCUGCUUCGACCUCCUCCUGGCCAUCCUACACCUGACAUAACCGAGAAGAGGAAAGCUCAGCAAUUUAUCCGUCAGUUCCUCUUGAGAGAAGACAAUUUACCAUGAAUUUCAGAUGCAGCUCAUCUGUUUUUUAGAUAUCAAAUUACUGUAAAAAUGUUUCUUUUGUACAGUAUACUGGCUUUUUUUUAAUACCACAGUAUUUUAUACAAUCUAUUCUUUUAAAGGUGCAGAUCGGGCACUCCCAAUCAGGUGUCACUGUUCGUGCUGUACAGCGUAGCGAAUUUCUAAGCAAGCUGUAUGUAGACAGGCAAAAAUUUA